ACUCCGACAACAGACUCAACCAGGAAGCAGCAGCCGCUAAAAACUCACCCACCGGCCCGGUCUGGCGGAUAAACCACGGGUUUCACUUCGGGAAUCACACUGUGUAUCAGUACACGACUUUUAUCGAGUGUUUAGGUGAAUACAGAGCAGCGACAUGGCUUCACUUUUCAAGAAGAAGACUGUCGACGACAUCAUCAAGGAACAGUCAAAGGAGCUGCGAGGCACUCAGAGACAGAUCACCAGAGACAGAGCAGCGCUGGAGAAACAAGAGAAACAAAUGGAGGCAGAGAUAAAAAAAAUGGCAAAGAGCGGUAACAAAGAGGCUUGUAAGAUUCUCGCCAAGCAGCUCGUCCAGCUGAGGAAACAGAAGAACCGGACGUAUGCCGUCAGCUCCAAGGUUACCUCCAUGUCUACGCAGACGAAGGUCAUGCACUCGCAAAUGAAGAUGGCUGGUGCCAUGUCUACUUCAGCCAAGACCAUGCAGGCAGUAAAUAAAAAGAUGGAUCCACAGAAGACGUUGAAAACCAUGCAGGACUUCCAGAAGGAGAACAUGAAGAUGGGCAUGACCGAGGAGAUGAUCAACGACACCUUAGAUGAAAUCUUUGAAGAAUCCGGGGAUGAAGAGGAGUCUCAGGACAUUGUCAACCAGGUCUUGGAUGAGAUCGGCAUUGAGAUCUCAGGAAAGAUGGUGAGAGCUCCAGCUGCAGGAAAGUCCGUCCCCAGUGCCGCCUCCUCCAAACAAGCUACCAUCUCUGAUGACGAGAUCGAGAGACAACUCAGAGCUUUGGGAGUGGACUAAUUACCUAUUUUGUAUUAAUGUUCACAUUUCAAACCAGUGCAACAUUAAUACUGAUUGACAGACUGUGUGGGGAACACUGGUUUUUAUCAUGUCAAUGCUGCAGGUGGCAACGCACACAAACACACAUACUCUGGCAUUCAAAGGCAUGCAGGCAGACAGAUGCAUCUUCACUCACAUUCUCACAUUCUUCUGCUGGUUGCCUUAAAUAUCAAUGAGACAGACCAUUUAUUUAUGUGAAACUAAUUAUUCUUAUAACAUUGGAGGGGUCCCAGCUUGAAUACGGAGAAACAAAGGAUGCUUGAUGAAAAGAAACACCUAGACCAUGGUCUGUCAUCCUCUCUGCCUAUAUAAGAGCUACAAGGGCAUAUGUGAACUUGGAGCCGGCUUUACUCGUCUGCUGGGGGUAUUUUGGUUACUCUAGAUUUUUCUGUAAACAGUCAGCCUUUGUGUAAUUUAAUAUGGGUGAUCUUUGGUAUGUUUUAUUGAAUAAAAUAUGAUGGAAAUUAAAAAGAGCAGUAAGGUUGAGAAACAGAUGGAACUUUUUUUUUUUUUUUUUUCCCAGUUACCUGCUUUAUAUCACCCGAUUUAUACUAGUUUUGCAACACGUUGUGGGUGAAAAACCUCAUUUUGCUUCCUGUUUGUUAGUGAUGAGCUAUUUCAAUCAAUAACCAUCACAAAACAGCUCACUGUCACUACAGGUGAAGCACCUGGCCACCUAGGUAUUUGAUUUAAUCGGAGGACAAACAAGAUCAAGCAUUCACUUAGCUUUGACUCAUUUUUCUGUUGUUACUAAUCAAAUUAGUUCCCCUGGGUUGCCGUUUGACUUAAACAGGGAUUGCAGGACUCUACCGGGCCUGCAGUCCCUCGUCUCUUUCAGCUGCUGUGCAGUUACUGUCAUUGUUAUCUCAAGCUGACACACACACACACACACACACACACACUACAGCAGCAAAAAUAAUGGAUGUAUAUAUUAAAAUGACACUGUGAUAUAAGACAUGUUUUCUCUUCUCCAGAGCUGAAGCUGACUUCUCUGGUGAUUUAUUAAUGCCAGCAGCUUCAGGCUUUGUGAGAAGCAUCUGCUCAUUGAAAUCUUGUCCAUCUCCCUCCGUCGCUCUCUCUCUCUGGCCUUUUUGUUUCCGUAUCAAUUCCCGAUUGCCAAAACAAACUGAAAAUGUCCCAUUCUUGCAUGUGUAUGACUUAUAUCGUCUCCUAACAUUAACAGAUCACAUUUUUUUCCUCCACUGUGUACCUGCCUCUGGUAAUUGUGAGAAACAUCAAUGUUUUUAACAGGUUUUGACAUUUAAGUGCAGUUGAAUGGCCAGGAUAUUUCAUGUUUUAAGAGGUGUAUGCAUCCUUGUUUUUCUCAUUUUUGUUUAUUUCUCAGUCUUUGUAAAUUGACUGUGUAAAACAUUUAUGGGUUUUAUAAAAAAUAAAGUUUCUUCAGGUACUAUUCUAAGA